AUGGGAGAGGGUAGUAGAAGCGAGGGUGAGCAGGACGGUGCCUAUAUCAGACAACCAAUCAGGUUCAUGCCGGGCCGUUCUACUACGGAAGCUAUCCACCUUAUUAGGAGGUUGGUAGAACAGUACAGGGAUCGGAAGAAAGAUUUGCACAUGGUAUUUAUUGAUUUGGAGAAAGCGUAUGACAAGGUUCUAGAGAGGGCGAUUAAGGACAUAUAUGAUAGAGCUAAGAGUCGGGUUAGGAAAGUGGGAGGUGAAUCUGAGCAUUUUUCAGUUGUUAUGGAGUUACACCAAGGAUCUGCACUCAGCCCAUUCUUGUUUGCUCCGGUGAUGGAUGCACUGACACACCAUGUUCAAGGAGAAAUGUCAUGGUGUAUGUUAUUCACUGAUGACAUUUUUCUGAUUGACGAAACACAGGGUCGCGUUAACGAUAGGCUGGAGGUUUGGAGACAUGCCCCUGAGUCUAAGGCUUUAAAGUUGAGCAGGACGAAGAUGGAGUAUCUUGAGUGCAAGUUCAGUGCUGACCCGAGGGAAGCAUGGACGUGCGGCUUGGAUCGCAGACAUAGCUGGGCCGGCCCUAUUCCGAAAUAUGGGCCAGGUCCAGUUUAUAGAGAUGGGCUGUAUAUACUCUUUGUCGGGUUGGUGGCCCAAUUACCAAAAUUUUAG